AUGGAAGAAGACGAUUUACCGAGGAGGAUUAUAACGGCCGGCGAUCAACCUUGGGGUCAGAGAGUCAUUACAUACCAAAAAUUCAGCAUUAUUCAGGAUCUUAUUUCGGCGUUGGACGAAGGCGAGAUUGAUUUCAUUCGUCAAUCUCCACUGGGCAAAAUUACUGGAUAUACCCUCAAUGCCGGCUUGGUCAGGAACAUUUGGGUUGUUCCUGUUGUCCCGUCAGUUAGAGUGAAACGGAAGAACGAGAUAUGGAUAUUCUUCGCCGGCCAUCCCAUUAGGUUCUCUUUGCGAGAGUUCAAGAUUGUUACUGAUCUAAACUGUGGGAGGUUUCCGGUGGAUCUGUCCAAGAAGAGGAAGUCUGCUAACUAUCCUAUGUACGAUAGACUAUUCGAUAAGAAAGAAGAUGUCACCGUGGAGAGAGUAAUCGCUAUUCUGAAAGCUAAAAGAAACCUGAGUAAAGAGAAUCGAUUGAGGAUGGCAUGUCUUGUCCUGGUCGAUGGAAUCCUCGUUCCAACUGUUCAUUACCCUCGUGUACGAGUUGUCAAAGAACAUGCGGAAAUGACUGAGGAUCUAGAGACCUUUAUGGAAUAUCCAUGGGGCAGGUUAUCGUUUGAUAUGAUGAUAACCUCGAUAAAGGGUUUAGAUUUGCGGAAACUUGCAAAAGCAAAUGUCGCUGUACAAGGGUUGUUCGCUGCUCUUCAAUUAGUUGUUUCUGAAGCUGUCCCAGCAAUCGGUGAUUGUCUGAAUCCCGUAGGUGGAGGAGAGGUGGACUCAGACGAUGAUUUCAUCCCACAUCAGCGUCAUCAUCUUCAAUUGAAACUAAGUCAUGCGCGUGAGGUCGAUGAGGCCUUGACAUGCAUUAUUCGGCCGGAGGUUGAAUUUGAUUCAGAUGAGGAAGACCUUAGUUGGGCGGACGACCCAGCUGAUCCAAAGAUCGACAAGAUCUUGAAACUGAUAGCUGAAGGGUUCAAGUUCACGAGUGAAAUGUUCACUGGUGGAAAAAAACCAUCCGAAAUCGCUGUCAAAGUAAAAAAAAGGAGAGGCGUUGGUGGGAGGUCCGUUGGAGGGAGGUCCGUUGUUGGCAAGAACCUCAAAGGGAAGGAGAAACGUUCGGUGGCAUCUACUUCCACAACCGAGGAAGACAGAUUUGCCAUACUCAAGGAAAAUAACAAAGCUUUGCUUGCAGACUUGCAGGACUGGUUUCUUGAUAAUACUGUUGUAGAGGAACGUUAUACGUCCCAGACGGUGUCUGACGACUCAGCCUCAGCCGGUGAAAAUGAUGGCAAUAGGGCGAGGCGGAGAGGUCCCGUUAACGGUGCCAACAAAGAUGGAGAGACACAAACUGAAAAUCAUGUAAAUAUAGACUGUCAUUCCCAAGCAGCCGCGCUGAAUGGGGUCCAUAGGGACAAUGUUAAUCGUGUUAAUACCAUGAUCGCGGAAACACCGAUUCCUCGGAAUCCAACUUCACCUUCGGCUGGGGAAGACAACUCCACUGCUGAUGACGGGAAUCCAGACGACACCAACGCCUUUGGAAUCGAGGCCAAUGUUCACGAGGACGAGGAUGGUGAUGGUGCAAACACUGAUAUCCAGGAUGGAGAUAGAAGUACUGAUGAUAUUUCACAACCGAUGGUCGUGGGAGGAAAUACCACCCGGGUACAAGAAGUGAUUAAGGAGCAGUUGGUGGGAGAUAUUGCUGAGGAUAAUGUUUGCAAAGGGGGAGACAAAACUCAGACACCAUGCGUCGAGGAGGGUAAAAAGGGGGUAAAAUCUAAAAUCAAUGCUGCAAAUAUUAACGGUGGUGCCAGCGACGGGUCCAAUGUCCUAACUCCUCCCGAGGGUGUCAGCCAUACUGACAAUGAAACCAUUAUCUCGGAGGGAACAGCAACCAGCUUAGCCUUAGUUGUUUAUCAGGGGAUUGGAGAGACGGAGAAUAUAAAGGAAGUCGAUGCGGACGCUGAUGAGACAACCGCUGUGAAGAAGGGACUAAAUCAAGUUGGAGGUUGUUUCAGCGUUUUGGGGGAAUCAAUACCUGAUUACACUAGGAAAAGCAAGCGCCCCCAUGUUGUUUCCUCAAGGAUAGACGACCGUUUCCAAUGUGACAAGAGAUUGAAGACACUCAUAGGUCACGAAACCGAAGCCGGUGUCGCCAAGGCCAGAAAACUGGAUGAGAAAGUUCGAUUGGCAAUUGGGACAGUGAUGGAUGGGCUCAUACGAUUUUCGCGCCACAUGCUGCGAGUCGACAUGGAGGAUGGUGUAGGGCUGAGAGUUGAACUUCUAGACACAAAAUUCGUUUCUCAGUUAACCAAGUUAUACCCCAGGUUCAUCAAAUCCCCUGCUAGAGAAGAAUUCCCUUUCACCAAAUCGGUGAUAGAUAUGGUUAAUGGCGUAGACGAUGUCGAUCGUGUGCAAUUGUAUGAGGAGGCUGACAUCGUCUACUUACCUUUCAACUUUGACCAGCGGCACUGGGUGACACUAGCUGUAGAUCUGAAAGCCAAAAAGAUCUUUGUUUUGGACUGCAAUGUGGCCCUCAUCAACGAAACCAGGCUUGUGGACGAGUUGCAGCCCAUAGCCUCUAUGCUCCCUUAUUUAUUCAAACUGGUGGCUGCUAAUAUGGAGAUGAGUCAAGUUGAGAUAUCACCGUUUUCUAUCGAAAGGGUCACUGGUAUCCACCAAAUCGAUUCCCCACAUGAUUCUGGUAUGUAUUCUAUUUUCCUUCUUCAAACUCAUGCAGUCGGCGGAAUAGACGGGUGA